GGCGGCAACAGAAUAAGAAAGAAAGAGAGAGAGACGGAGACCGCGUUGUUGUGCUGGCGCGAGCGAGCGGUGGCGAAGCCCGAAGGCGCACCGUUACGGUACUGACUACUGCAUAGCUUACAGCCACACCACUCGCGCAGUGUGCAGUCACGCUACUGAUCCGUCGGUACUCGGUACAUAAUAUCGCUCGCUAGCGCGAUCUGGCAGUGUGACGUUACGAUAUAGAUAUACGUAUCUACACUCGUGUCGUCGGUACGUAAAAGUCCAUCGUGAGGCAUCAGCAACAGCAGCAGCAGUGUGUGCGUGUGUGUCACAUAGUACAGUUUACACGCGGAUUUUAUUCAUCCCGCCUUUUAUUCCGCAUCGAGAGCCGUGCAGGACCGAGUUCAAUAGCAUUCCAGAAGCCGAACUUACAAUCUAGUUAAUCCACGUUAAAUGGCAAUUCUACUGGAACCUCAAUGGCUUAUAAAAGCAGCUAAAUGAUCUGACAAGCAAUGCAACAUUUAACAACCCAUUAUUUCAAGAUUCAUUCCAUAUAUUAUUGGAUCUUUUAGGUAUAGUUAAGUAUUCUUUGAAAUACAAAAAAAUUCAAAAUGGAAGGAAGUGAUGAGUCCCCGGCUAUUAAAAUCAAUGAAAAGUGUAUAAAAGCUGCACAAGAAGAGAUUGGAAAACUGGAUGUUUUAGUAUGUGGUGAAUGCCAUUCUGUUUUUCAUUUUAUCAAUGAAUUCCAAGAACAUCAAUCCAAAGCAGAUGCUUGCUCCAAACAAUCAAAGCUUAGAGAUAAUAAUGAAUCAAAAGCCAAAGUUUGGGCUUUUCUGCUAUGGAAGGACUCUCAAAUUCAAACUGAGCCAGAUAAAGAUAAUACCUGGCAACUUUAUAAUAAAUGGAUAGCAAUGGAUGCUCAUACACGAGAUUCUUGGAUUGCUGCAGGAAAAACCAUUCAAAUUUUUACUAAAAUUAGUAAUUCUAAAAUGCACGAUAUUGCAACCCAAGGGACAGCGACUGAAGGUGGAAAAACUGUUGUUGUAAGGAAAGUUAUACGAAAUGGACAGCCAAUAAGUCCUAAUAAAUCAAAUUUGAAACCUGGAUUAACUGAAAAAAAAGUAAAGUCAACUAAUGAGUCUGGAGAACAUAGCAGUGAAGAAGACUUCAAUGUUGAAAAAAUAUUGGCAAAGCGUUUUAAUCCAAAGAAAAAAUGUUACGAAUAUUUACUCAAGUGGGAAGGAUAUGCACAUGAAUAUAACACAUGGGAAGAAGUCAAUCAUGUGAGCAGUACAUGCAAAGCACUUAUGGAUGAAUUUGAAAAAAAUCUUGCCAAACAAAAAGAAAUGAAAGCUCAGCAAGUAGCUAAGACUGCAAAUCGCUCAGGUCAAUUAAAUGUAACUCAAAAAUUUAUCAAAACAGAAAAUAUCAAAGCUGGAACAAAUGCUACUCCAUCUGGUUCUACCAACCGGCCUAUGCGAUCUAGUAAAUCAAAGGCUAUGGAUCAAGUAAAACAAUGGUGUGGAUCUAUGAAAGAAGAAGAAAACGAAUUACUUGGUAAACGCAAGAAUACAUUCUCGGACAGUGAUUCAGAUGAAGGACUGACUACAUUGAAUAUGAAGCGCAGUAAAGUUGAUACAAGUGGUGAUGAUUGGACUGCAGAUUCAGAAGAAGAUAAGGUAGUGAUUGGCCGGAGCGAUGUUAUUCAACGGGCUUUAAACCGUGCUAAUAUCCAAUCUAAUGGGUCGAAUCGUGGCCCCCUUACUGGCUCUGCACUUGCAAAAGAGGCUGUACAAAAAGAAAUGAAAUUAGGUAAUGCCUCGAAUUCUAAUGUAUAUGUUGUACAUCGUAAAGAUGGAAUCAUAAAACUUGAUUCAACCCCCACCAACAAAAUUGCUGUUAAAGGCCAAAACCAAACACCAACAAGUAAUGUCUUAGUACUACCCAGCCGCGAAGGAUUUGUGAAAAAACAAGUUAUUUCGCCAAAUUCUAUAACUCCAAUCAAAGUUAUAUCAAAGCCCGAUGGGACGCAAAUUGUUACACAAAUGAAAGUUGUUUCUAAGGGCUCACCUUCAGGUAUGAGUAUCAAAAAUGAACCCGUCAAAAUUCAACCAAAGCCGGAUAAUAAUCAAAUGCAAUAUCACGUAGUAACUGCUAUUCCAAGUCCUUUGAGCCAUCAUACUACAACUACUACCACAGUUGUUAAACCUGGAGGUCAACGCCAAAUUGUCUCACGACCUAGUUCAGGCGUGGUUCGUAAUUCGCCUUUAGGUACAGUUAGCUCGCAACAACGUGCGCCAGUAAGGCCAAAUGUUCCACGAAAUUUGACUCCUCAACAGAUAGCAGCGCAAAGAAAAAACCUAGCUUCGCCACAAAUUACACCUUUAGCCAAACCUAAAAUUACAGUCAUAAAUAAUCAAGGUAAACCAGUUAGAACAGUUAAUAACACUGUAAGCCAACAAGUGACUAAAUCAACACCUGGCAAAAACCCAGUAACACCUACACAGAAAAUGCUUGAUGCAAGAAAGAAAUUUGCUGAAGAUGCACGUAAACCUGUUCAAAGGGUUUUGGGAUCCAAAGGCGGUCCGAAUGCUGUACGACCUAAAGGUAAACCUGCCAAUGAACCAGGUAAUAAACCUAAAGAGAGUAAAUUGGCAGAAACUGAUGGGCUUCACAUGGAGUUCCAUGAAGUAUCUGAUGAAGAAGAAAGUAGUGAAGAAGAAGUACCUCCUCCGUUCCCUGAACCGGAACCUGCACCUGCAGAACCCGAGAGCCCAACUCGUGAAUUUACUUUGUGUCCUUUAACAGGUCGUAUAAUAGGUCCUGAUGGCCAGCCUGUUGAGCAGCCUGAACCAGAGCCUACACCAGUAACUACUUCUAGUACUACUGCACCAACUCCUAUGGCUAUAAUAUCUAACCCAACAGUCACUGCUACAAUAGGACCUGAUGGCAUCAUAGCCAAUACCUCUGCAUCAAGUGAACUUGUUCUUCCAAGUCUUGACACUUGUACAGAUAAUAAUGUAGGUGGUGUGCGGGUGGAAAUGAGCCCAGGUGGUACAACUGGUAUGAUUGUACCAACCGAUAAACCAUCGACCUCGGAAACAAUGACCAUUUCAGGAGUGCCAGGACCUGAUCUGCCAUGUCUUGAUGAUCCAAAUGUUGAAAUGCAGCCACCCACGCAAACAACGGGUAAUCAACCUAAUCAAACACCCCAAGUUCCUCAAAUUGUUACAAGUGACGGUUUGGUGGUACCAGCAUCUGAUAUCUCUCAAGAAACAUCUAUUUUGCCUGAGGUACAACCACCUCAAGAAGCUGCUGAGCUCCCACAAACUAGUACUGCUACUAUAGCUGCACCUACUGCUACAACAGUAACAUCCAAUCUCAACCUUGAAGAAAAUAAUGGAUUAGUGACAAUUACUGGCGACGAUGGUGUUGUGUACCAAGUAACUGGAGAGGGCGAAGAUGGUCAGACAAUACUAGUUACUCGAGGACCAGACGGUGAACAGCAAUUAUAUGUCACAACUACAGAGCAGCAAGGUGAAGUAGGAGGAACCAUGUUGACACUCGAUCAUGCAGUUGCAGAAGCUGUCGCUCAAAUGGGUCCCGAUCAGGCUGUUGCUCCGCAGUUUUACGUUAAAGAAGGCGCAGAAGGAGCAGUCGUGGAAAAUACCCAGACAACUUCCUCAAAUGAACAACAGGUUGUUAUGUCUAUAGUGGAUAAUAGUAGUAGUCCUGUUGUUGUUGCUAAUGCACAUUCGACAACGGAAGAAGGUGAAAAUCAAGUUCAAUGUGUAACGCAAGUGAUGCAAGGUGACGAAGGUGAAAAUCAAGCUCAAGUUGUUGCGCAGGUAAUUCAAGCCGACGAACCAUCUCCAGAUGGAACAAGAAAAGUAGUUUUACUGCUGCCCGAUGGAAACUUAAUAAUGACAGAAGUUGAUGAAGAACAAUAUGCUGCAUUAGAACUUGAUAAAUAAAUCAGCUAAGUUCAUAAAUGAAGAGUUCAUUAAAGUGAAAAGUGACACUUUGUGUAUUGUAUGUAAAUAAUAACUCCUAAAAUGGUGGAUCCUUAGAAAAUAAUACUUUUUAGCUAUGAAAUACUUUCAAUGAUAAAGUAGCUUUGAAAAAUGAUGUAAAAAAUAAAUUAAACUUUAAGUCGAUGAAAAAACGUAUGUUCUUAACUCAAGUUUUUAAAAAUUGAUGUUAAAGUAUCUGAUAUAUUACACUGAAAUUAUGAUUUUAAAAUCUCUACAGGAUCAUUUAUUUAUAUAUUCGUAAUAGUACUAUUUUUGUGUUAUGCAAAAUUGUUAUACUUCUAGAAUUAGCGAAUUAGACUUAGUUUAGAAUUUUAUCAUCAUGAAUUACUAGAAAAACAAAUUUUUCAAAUUUUAUUUUGAUAUAAACAUGAUUAUCAAACAAUAUCAAAUAAUUGACCUUGAAUCUAGUUUUAACAAAUAGUAGGUAAUAUUCAGCAAAAUUCAUCAAUAAAAUUUAAUAUACUAUGUAUAUCAAUAUCAAUAAGAAUUAUAUACUUAUACAUACGUAUUUAUAAAAAUAUUCUUUUAAUAGACAUGUUUCUAUUUUUCUUCCACAAUCAACCCUUUUUUCAUUGCUCUGAAAAAAGACGUUAUAUUAUAUUGCACAUUUUAAACGUUCAGUCACAAGUAUGUAUUAUAUAAUAUACAUAAAAGGUGACUUUCUACGCGAUCAGUUAUAACUAAAUCUUAAAUUUUUUUAUUAUUUUUUUUUUAUUAAAAACUUUGCAUAAUAAUGAAAUAACUGGUCAAAAAUAAGUUCAAUUGAAUUUCAUGGCAUUGAUUAGUAUAAAUUUUACGUUUAGUAAUUUCAACUGGAUUCAAGGACAAAAUAAUAACACAAUUAAAAACUUGCAUCAUAAAAAAAUUUUAGUAAGUAAGACGGCAUAUAUGUAAAUAAUUUCUUGAAUUUAGUUUAUCAAAAUCUGCUUAUUGUAAAACCAGAGAUGUUAAGUCAAUGGGAUUGACUAUUCAAUAAACAAAUGACAUAAAUUUAAAUGAAAAAA